AGAAAAGGGGCGGGGCUUCUGGCUGUUUGGUGAUUUUCUGGGUUUUGGUGAUGAAGAUGCGCUGAGCGGCGGUGACGGCCGGCCGAGUGUCUGCCGGCAGGAAGCGGCCAGCAGAGCAGCCGCCCUCAGACUGGAUUAGAAACGGGAUUAUAAAGUUAUUCCAAAGCAAACAGAGGAAUUUGUGAUGUGAGGCUGUUCCCGGGCCGCUGGGUUAGCGCAUGCUUUGGAGGAGGGGAGUGAGUGUGUGUGUGUGUGUGUGUGUUGGAGGGGGAAUGGGUGAGAGAGAGAGAGAGCUCAGGAUCCGGGCCUAGGAAGUGCUGCCGCGGGGACUCGCCUCAUCCGCUCUCAAAAAUCCUGAAAUUGGGCCGUUUAUCCGCCAGAAUGAGGCGGCGGCGCGGCGCGGCGGCGCUCCGCUACACCGGAAUGGGUCGGAUCAUGUCAGAAUGAGCAGGCCUUCCAAAGGCCCUGACAGGAAGUCCAGCUGCCCUUUGACCCCGGCCCGCGACCCGUGCUGCGUCGGCCCGGCCAUGUCGGCCGCCGCCUCCUCCCUCAAACACGCGUCUGUCUACGGCUACAUCCAGUCAGACCACUCUUCCUCCUCCUCCUCCUCCUCCUCCUCAUACAGCCCCCUGCGGAGGCUGCAGCACCUCACCAAGAUGGUGAGCCGGCCCGACCUGGUGCUGCCGAGCCGGGGGCCCGUCCGGCGCUGGGACUGGGGGUCCAACCAGAGGGACAGGGUCAGGAUGGAGGACUGCUGGGCGGAGCACAGACAGUAUUCUGUCUCCCAGGAAGACGUUGACGUCUCGUCUUCUUCUGGUCGAAAGCAAACGGAUCUCCAAAGUGAAAGUAAAGACUUUCCUGCUGUUUGUUUCCACCAAUCUGCUGUUUCUGAGAAAACGGGAGGCGACUCUCCGUCCAGCCCGCCGAGCCCGGCCUUCUCUCUGGACAGCAGCAGCCCCUUCGCAAACAGCCUGCUGCACUUCGACUCGGCUUUGCUUGAGGCCGACGGCGUCGACGAGGAGCCGCAGAGCGCCGCGCCCGGCCCGGGUUUCCUGGACAAAUGCAACCAGCCGCAGACCGCGCCGCAGCUCGCCCCCGCAGACGCUCGUCUGGACCCAGUGGCGGCGGCGGCGCCCAAGGUGGUAACGCGCUCCCAGUCCUCGGGUCAGCGCCGGCGGUACUGGGACGGCUCAGAGGACGAGUGGGACAGCGACUCGGAGCUCUUCCUGUUUGAUGACUGGCCUGCAUGGCGGACGGUGCAGCCGAGCGGCUCGAGGAAAAAGCCUCCGCCGCCGGUCAAGUUCGCUGAGGGGGAAAUCGUUUGGGCCAAGUUCGGCCGCCGGCCCUGGUGGCCGUGUGAGGUGCUGGCCGACCCGGCGCUGGGCGUCCAUCACAGGAUGAAAGAGCCCUGCGACCGGCUCUGUCGGCUGUAUCACGUCCGGACCUUUGGGGAGCCGAAGGAGUUCGUUUGGGUGGAGGAAAAAUCAACUCAGGCGUUUCACGGAGGCUUUGAGUUCGACCAACUUCUCCUUUUGAGACGAAGAAGCAAGCAAAGAGAGCAGAACAACAGAAACACUAUCCCUAAGCGUUUCCAGCAUUCGUGGAGAUGCAGUGUGGCCGAGGCUGAAUCUGUUCUGUCUGGACGACCCGACGUUUCUCCGUCUCUGGCUCCAUCCACAGAUCAAACCUUUUCCUGCAGUUCCCCGGCAGAAAGACAGAGGAAGCCCCACCCAGCCGUUCCCUCGCCCUCUCUGCCGGGUCCCGCUGUUUCUGAAUCGUUUCACUUAACAAAUGGAUCCACCUCGUCUGCAGCUACAACACAGACAAAACCAAGCACUUUAAAGAAAACUUCUAGCAAGAAGAAGCCAAGCAAAUCCCUUCAGGACCUUGGGAAUGAAAACACAUUGUGUUGCAGUCUUGAUCAGUCUCACAAAGACAACAGAGAGUGCCCUUACUCUGAUCUCGACUCGGUCCCGAAGAUUUUGUGUCCUAAAGCACUUGAGCGUCAACCGAAGCUGCUUCCAUGCCAGCCGUCUGCGACUGCAGUCAAAGAGCUAAAGAAGCAGCCAGAGACCCAAACCGGACUGUGGUUCAGUAAAUCAGGCAGAGACCGGCGACCUAAAACUACCAGCCCAGUGUCAGACCACUCCCUCUUUAGUAAGGGCCCCUGUAAGAAAAAGCACUUAUCCACUGUUAGUAAGAAGGCACCGGUUCUCUCCGCCUCGUUGGCUGAAUCCAGUGACCCGGUCAUACUGGCAGACACUAAUAAGUCAACAGAUAAUGGUCCGAUACAUGAACAUUCAGUAUCUGAGAAAUGUAAGGCCAAUGAGGCCAACCCUGUUGAAGGAAGAGGCGGGUCUUUGGACAAACCAAAGGCCCAGCUGUCCACUGACGACAAACAGACUUCUGAGACCAAAAUAAACCCUUCGAGCAUUUCGUCUGACGACCCAGAUGUUGAAAAAGACUUUCAUCCCUCCAAGAAUGUCGGUUUUAAUGACAACUCAGAUUCUCCAAAGAGGGUAACAUCUGUAAGUUCAACUGAACUUUCUGUCGUAAUUGCUACUGAACAACUUGAUAAAACUGAAAAACCUUCUGACCAGGAGAAAGAAAGCAAGCAGACUUUGAGGCCCUGUUUCAAAGUCGAAAAAAGAGAUCCAGUCUCAAUAUUAGAAAAACAAAAACAUCUGGUCUCUAAAUGCAGACUCCCGUUUGUGAAACUGAUACGAAAGGAGAUAGAGCAAAACAAAUAUUUACACUCAUGUCUGACCCAUGUCACUACUAACACAAGUGAAUGCAAUAAGAAAGAGAAAACAUCAGAUAGUAAUGUGAAUAAAGCAGCAGCUAAUAAAUCAGACUUGACAGGCAGCAAAACGAGCGUCUCCACAGAUCAAAUUACACCUUCAAAAUUCAUCAAGGUCUCAGUCAAGAAGCUACGAGCUAGAAGUGAGUCUGGCCUGCUUCGGCUGUCAUCAGAGUCACCGCCUGAACACAACGCUCCCACACCUGGAAACGACGCUAAGACACCUGGAAACGACGCUCCCACACUUGGAAACAACGCUCCCACACUUGGAAAAAUUGCUCCCACACCUGGAAACGACGCUAAGACACCUGGAAACGACGCUCCCACACCUGGAAACGACGCUCCCACACUUGGAAAAAUUGCUCCCACACCUGGAAACGACGCUAAGACACCUGGAAACGACGCUCCCACACUUGGAAACAACGCUCCCACACUUGGAAAAAUUGCUCCCACACCUGGAAACAACGCUAAGACACCUGGAAAGAACGCUCCCACACCUGGAAACAACGCUAAGACACCUGGAAACAACGCUCCCACACUUGGAAACAAUGCUCCCACACCUGGAAAAAAUGCUCCCACACCUGGAAACAAUGCUAAGACAUCUGGAAACAACGCCAAGACACCUGGAAACAAUGCUCCCACACCUGGAAACAAUGCUCCCACACCUGGAAACAAUGCUCCCACACCCGGAAACAACGCUCCCACACCUGGAAAAAAUGCUCCCAUACCUGGAAACAACGCUCCCACACCUGGAAACAACUCUAAGAAACCUGGAAACAACGCUAAGACACCUGGAAACAAUGCUCCCACACCUGGAAACAACGCUCACACACCUGGAAACAAUGCUCACACACCUGGAAACAAGGCUAAGACACCUGGAAACAACGCUAAGACACCUGGAAACAACGCUCUCACUUCCACAAAACUUUCUGAUGCAUUGAGCAGCCCCGAAGUAGAACGUAUCCCAGCGUCAAACGUCAGUCUAGAAAGUAUCACCGCCUUAUCGUGCAAUGAAUCAAACAGGUUAGAAUGUAAAGACAUUUCUGUUUGCAGUCAAACAAAGACAUCGUCUGACCAGCCAGACUGCUCAGAGGAAAACACUUCAUCUACUAAAACUGCAGCUUCUCCAACAGGAAGUCCUCACCUCCCUGAAAGUCGGCCUGCUCCAAAAUCCAGAACAGCUGUUCACAAACUGAAGCAGGCUAAAGAAAUUCAAAAAGUCCUGAAAGACCAGCCGGCCCAUCUUCCAGCCAGCAGUCGGCUGAUGACCAGAGCGCUGAAGGCCUUGCAGGUCGUCGAUCAGAGGAAGCGUAGAAAAGCUCAGCAGGCGAUUGAGCAAACUAAGCUGAGCAAACCUCUGGACACAGUUCAGGAUUCUGCUGAGCCCAAAUUUGAUAUUUGCACUAAUUUAAAAUUUCUAAAAUCUACUCAUGUUGACAAUGGUGAUUGCUUUUCUAGAUGUAGCUCCCCUUCCGUACUGUUCUCUGACUCAGAUGAUUUUGAAACUGAUGUUAAAAGUGAAGAUGAAGACCUUUCAGUUUCUUCAACUCCGCCAAUGGACUUCAUACCCCUUACAUCUAUAGUUAAGGCAAAGCACGAAGAUCUGCCCCCAACAACACAACCUCCAUCACCUCCAUCACCAUUUUCCUUCAUGAAAGCCUUCAAGAAUGUUACGGAGGUUUCCUUUCAAUCCUUACCAAAUGGCAGCAAUGGAAAGCCGGUCUCUUUCAGGCCACACUCAAAAUACCAGUUUAGCACUUUUCUUAUGAUGCUGAAGGACUUGCAUGACACUAGAGAGCGAGAAGGCGCGCCCCUAGAGUUAGAGAUUGGGCCACCCAGUGCACAUGUGAAGGUGGAGCCGCUGAUGAUGCCACACAAGGCUCCACUGGAUGGACACGGCCACACACGUGUUCUUAGCAAAACCGACCCAGUCCCAGACAAAAGUGUGAUUGGACAGAACAGAUGUGGUAAAGGCCAGAAACUGAAGAGGCCCUGUAGCAGAAAGAGUGGCAGCCAUUGGUUGAAAGGGAAAACCAAUCACAGAGUGCCUGGACCUGGUUUUUCUGGAGUAACGUCAGCAACAGGAAUCACUUCCUGGCCAACAGCAGAUAUUACUUCAAAAAUAAUGGAUGUACAAAUUGGCAGGAGCUGGAUCCAGGCUGGCUGCAGUGGAGACGUUGGUGGGCAAGAGGAGCAGCAGAGAUGGGAAAGACUGAAGGGCAGCCAGCAGGUUGGUGUUCCUCCGGAAAGGAGGGAAUGUCCGACACUCAUCCUGGAGCAGCCAACCAGCCUCAGAGACGACAUGAUGAACAAGAGGCAGGACUUGAUUCUUGAAGCUGAGGAACAAGACAAGACUGCAGCCGAACAUAAACGAAUACGAAAACCCAGCAAGAGACUUCUUGAAUGGACUGAAGAAUACAGCCAGAUUUUCUCCCCAAGGAAGAAACCCAAAAAGUCUCUCCAGCUGUUUGGAAAGGCCAACGAAUCUGUUGCUGCCCUGCAUGAGCUUUCGGACUUGGAGAAGAACCUGGCCGACAGCUCAUCGUCCUCCUUACUUCCUGAAAUAGUGACGCCGCCGCCAGAGGAGUUGGCUCCAGCCACGCCUGCAGAAACCCAGAUUCCCAAAGCAGAACCGCCAUCGACCCAAGAGCUUCCGGUGCUUUCCAUCGACUCCUUAACUCCGCCCCCUGAAGUGGAGCCCUCCCUGUCAGACGGCCUAGUCAAAGGCAACAGUAAUGUUUCUGCUUUUCAUUUAUUUAUAAAGGACGUUUCGUUGAACUCUUUACGCAGCAUUCCUUUUAAAGAGGCAGUACGUAACUUUUUUAAAAUCUUGUUUUUGUUGAAAGUGUCACCAUUCAUCAGCAGAUCAACCUUUUCUCUGAGCUGCUAUCGCCAAGAAAUGAACCAAAAACAGAACCAGGAAGCAGGGCUUAGUGCUGUGAAUCUCACUGCUAAAUGUGCUAAUGCAGGAGGAACAGCUUACAGGAAAACUGUUUAUGUGCCAUUAGCAUGGCUAUGCAUCACGCUGAAUGUAAAAGAAACGAAGCUGCUGCUGCUUUUUGUUUGGGCUCCAAGGUCCGGACCCGGUUCUGCUCGGUGGAUUCAGUCAGAAGGUUUUUGGUUUCUGAUGGUUUCUGUUUGGUUGGCAGAAGUUUCUCCUGUGCUUGAAAAGAAGAGGAAGAGGAAACCCACGCAGAAGAUCCUGGAGUACUGCCUGGAGGCCGAGGUGUCCGCCGCCCCGAAGAAGAAGAAUAAAACACUGAAGAUGAAUUCAGAUGCUGGACGUCAGUCGGAUUUUUCUCCUCCAUCUUUAAAAGUGAAACCACUCUCUGAGCCGCCACCCCUCCCCCCCGUGACCUCUGACCCCCCGGCAACCCCUAGUCCACCUGAGCACGUGGAUCCGCCCCCAGCAGACGCGUUCCAGUCUGAUGACGGCAGCAUCCAGGAGGAGGCGCUGGAGUCAGAGGAUGACAGGUUUCUGCUGGAGAACCGGUUGCCCCCCAUGAAGGAUGACCUGCUGGGCGAUGACCUGCUGGGCGACGACCUGCUGGGCGACAACGCGCCGCUACCUGUCAGGAAGAUCAUCGGCGACCGGGGAGGCCCCGCCUCCAUGAAGGAGAACGUCUGUCAGGUGUGUGAGAAGACGGGGGAGCUGCUGCUGUGUGAGGGUCAGUGCUGCGGAGCGUUUCACCUGGCCUGCAUCUCUCUGGCCAAGGCGCCGAAAGGAAAGUUUGUCUGCCCCGAAUGCAAAUCAGGCGUCCACACCUGCUUUGUGUGUAAGAAGCGCAGCGAAGACGUUCGCCGCUGCAUGAUCCCCGUCUGCGGGAAGUUUUACCACGGAGAGUGCAUCGCUAACUACGCCGCGACCGCGCCGGUCAACCGAAGCUUCCGCUGCUCCAUCCACGUCUGCCUCACCUGCUUCAUCGCCAGCCCCGGCAGCUCGUCCGUCUCCAAAGGUCGUCUGGUGCGAUGCGUUCGCUGCCCUGUUGCUUAUCACGCCACCGACCUGUGCAUGGCCGCUGGCAGCGUUGUGCUUUCCAACAACAGCAUCAUCUGCCCCAACCACUUCGCGCCGCGUCGCGGCGUCAAGAAUCACGAACACGUCAACGUGAGCUGGUGCUUCGUCUGCACCGAAGGAGGAAGCCUGCUGUGCUGCGAAUCGUGUCCCGCCGCGUUUCACAGAGAGUGUCUGAACAUGGAGAUGCCCAAAGGCAGCUGGUUCUGCAACGACUGCAAGGCGGGGAAGAAGCCGCGCUACCAGGACAUCCUCUGGGUCAAGGUCGGCCGCUACAGGUGGUGGCCAGCGGAGGUCAGCCAUCCCAAAACCAUCCCAGAAAACAUCCAGCGCAUGCGGCACGACGUGGGCGAGUUCCCCGUUCACUUCUUUGGCUCCAACGAUUACCUGUGGACCUACCAGGCCCGCGUCUUCCCCUACAUGGACGUCGACGCAAACAGCAAAGAGAAGAUGGGCAAAGGUGUCGAUGCAACUUACAAGAAAGCGCUGGAGGAGGCGGCCGUGCGAUUCCGUGAGCUUCAGGCAGAAAAGGAGCUUCGGCAGCUUCAGGAGGACAGAAAGAACGACAGGAAGCCGCCGCCGUACAAACACAUCAAGGUGAAUCGUCCGAUUGGGAAGGUUCAGAUCCUGACUGCUGACCUGUCAGAAAUCCCGCGCUGCAACUGCAAGGCGACAGACGAGAGUCCGUGUGGGAACGACUCUGAAUGCAUCAACCGCAUGCUGCUGUACGAGUGCCACCCUCAGGUGUGUCCGGCCGCUGAGCGGUGCCUGAACCAGGCCUUCACCAAGCGCCAGUACAGCCAGGUGCAGAUCUUCCGGACGCUGUCUCGCGGCUGGGGCCUUCGCUGCGUCCACGACAUCAAGAAGGGUCAGUUUGUGACCGAAUACGUCGGGGAGGUGAUCGGCGAAGACGAGUGCAGGUCGAGGAUCAGACACGCCCAGGAGAACGACAUCUGCAACUUCUACAUGUUAACUCUAGACAAGGACAGAAUAAUCGAUGCCGGGCCGAAGGGCAACGAGGCUCGCUUCAUGAACCACAGCUGCCAGCCAAACUGUGAGACGCAGAAGUGGACGGUCAGCGGAGACACGCGGGUGGGACUGUUCGCUCUGGUGGACAUCGCUGCAGGCACAGAGCUCACCUUCAACUACAACCUGGAGUGUCUGGGUAACGGGAAGACGGUUUGUAAAUGCGGCUCAGCAAACUGCAGCGGCUUCCUGGGCGUGAGGCCAAAGAACAACCCUCCAUCCGACGACAAGGGCCGCAAGCUGAGGAGGCGGGGCCACGGCCGGAAGAAGAAGAAGGCGCUGCCGACCAAAGAGAGGGAGGACGAGUGCUUCAGCUGCGGAGACGGAGGACAGAUGGUGUCCUGCAAGAAGCCAGGAUGUCCCAAAGUCUACCAUGCAGACUGCCUGAACCUCACCAAGAGGCCCGCAGGUCGUUGGGAGUGUCCUUGGCAUCAGUGUGACGUCUGUGGGAAGGAGGCGGUGUCGUUCUGCGAGAUGUGUCCCAGCUCCUACUGCCCUCAGCACCGUGACGGUCUGCUCUUCAUCUCCAAGCUGGACGGGAAGCUCUGCUGCAGCGAACACGACCCCUGUGGGCCGGAGCCGCUGGAGCCGGGGGAGAUCCGGGAGUACCGGCCCGACCCGGGGCCCCUGACCUCUGGGGCCCUGACCUGUGGGCUGGGCAUGGCCGUCAUCCCCGCUGGCCGUCUCAGCCGGACCGGUGGCGGUGGGAACGUGAAGGAGGCUGGCGGUGGUGGCGGUCCAAAGGCAUUCUCUUCAUUCUCCAUCCCGGUGCCCAUCACCAUCCCGGUUGCCAGCGGCAACGCCUCGCCACCUCCCAGCAGCCCACACAGAUUCGACCUGCCGCACUACUCACCCAUCUCCUCGUACGAAGAGGAGCGCGACGUCCUGGAGGAGGAGCUGGCCGAGGAAGAGGAAGAGGAAGAGGAGGGAGUAAUGAGGAAUAAGUGGGACUCCCCGGAGGAAGAUGAUGAAGAUGAGGGACUGGAAUACCUGGAGCUCAAAGAUGAAGAUGAUGACGACGAUUAAUACGAAGACUUAUUUUGAUUCAUAACUGCACUGCAAAAACACAAAAUCAGGUUUUUUUGUCCAGAGUAAAUAUCUGAGUUCACUUGAAAAACAAAAAUCCAAUUUGAUCUGUACAGAAAGUUUCAGCAGCUUUUCUUUACAUCAUAGAAACACAAAGUCAUGAAACAGAAUCAACAAUCAAUCGGGACAUUAAGUCGAGUUCCAUCGUUAAAUUGAUUAUUGAUUACGUUUCAAGUAAAACUCUAACCAGCUGCUUUUAGUCUGGAUUUAAA